ACGCUCCUCCCCCCAACCCCUAACCUUGUCUUUGCACUUGGAAACUCCACAGCUGGCAGCCUGGAGUCUCUGUGACUCUAGGUUUCCUGCAGCCUAUCUCUUCACUUCAGAAGACUCCAGACCUCGAAUCACUCCAUGCAGCCGAGAAAGUUGAUGCUAUUGGGUCCACCUCAGGCUGAUCUUGACACCUCUCAUGCUCUGCUCUCUUCAACCAGACCUCUCUGUUUCAUUUUGGAAGAAGACUAGAAAUGGUGUUUCCAAUGUGGACCUCGAAGAGACAACUUCUCAUCCUUUUUGACAUGAUCCUAAUUUCCGAACUCCUUGGGGCUAGAUGGUUUCCUAAAACUCUGCCCUGUGAUGUCACUCUGGAUGCUCCAAACGCCCAUGUGAUCGUGGACUGCACAGACAAGCAUUUGACAGAAAUUCCUGGAGGUAUUCCCACCAAUGCCACCAACCUCACCCUCACCAUUAACCAUAUAGCGGGUAUCUCUCCAGCAUCCUUCUACCGGCUGGACCACCUGGUAGAGAUCGAUUUCAGAUGCAACUGUGUACCUGUUCGACCGGGGCCAAAAGACAAUGUGUGCACCAGAAGGCUGCAGGUUGAACCCAGCAGCUUUAGUAAACUCACUUAUUUAAAAUCUCUUUACUUGGAUGGAAACCAGCUUCUAGAAAUACCUCAGGAUCUUCCUCCCAGCUUACAGCUGCUGAGCCUUGAGGCCAACAACAUCUUUUCGAUCAUGAAAGAGAACCUAACAGAACUGGCCAACCUAGAAAUGCUCUACCUGGGCCAAAACUGUUACUAUCGCAAUCCUUGUAAUGUUUCGUUUUCCAUUGAAAAAGAUGCUUUUCUAAAUAUGACGAAUUUAAAAUUGCUCUCCCUAAAAGAUAACAAUAUCUCAGCUGUCCCCACUAUUUUGCCACCUUCUUUAACUGAACUCUAUCUUUAUAACAACAUCAUUGCAAAGAUCCAAGAAGAUGAUUUUAAUAACCUCAAUCGACUGCAAGUUCUUGACCUAAGUGGAAAUUGCCCUCGUUGUUAUAACGCUCCGUUUCCUUGCACACCCUGUGAAAAUAAUUCUCCCCUACAGAUCGACCUAAAGGCUUUUGAUGCAUUGACAGAAUUACAAAUUUUACGUCUACACAGUAACUCUCUUCAGUAUGUGCCCCAAAGAUGGUUUAAAAACGUUAACAAACUUAAAGAACUAGAUCUUUCCCAAAACUUCUUGGCCAAAGAAAUUGGGGAUGCCAAAUUUUUGCAUCUUCUCCACAACCUUGUCCAAUUGGAUCUGUCUUUCAAUUAUGAACUUCAGGUCUAUCGUGCAUUUAUGAAUCUGUCAGAUGCAUUUUCUUCACUGAAAAACUUGAAAGUUUUGCGGAUCAAAGGCUAUGUCUUUAAAGAGCUGAGAAGUUCAUACCUCUCCCCAUUACAUAAUCUUUCCAAUCUUGAAGUUCUUGAUCUUGGCACUAACUUUAUAAAAAUUGCCGACCUCAGCAUAUUUAAACAAUUUAAAACAUUGAAAUUCAUAGAUCUCUCAGUGAAUAAAAUAUCACCUUCAGGAGAUUCAAGUGAAGAUGGCUUCUGCUCUAACAUGAGAACUUCUGUAGAAGGUCAUGGGCCCCACGUCCUUGAAGCAUUACAUUAUUUCAGGUAUGAUGAAUUUGCAAGGAGUUGCAGGUCCAAAAGCAAAGAGCCUCCUUCUCUCUUGCCUCUUAAUGAAGAUUGUUACAAGUAUGGGCCGACCUUGGACCUAAGUGGAAAUAAUAUAUUUUUUAUCAAGUCUUCUGAGUUUCAGUAUCUUUCUUUCCUCAAAUGCCUAAACUUAUCAGGAAAUAGCAUUAGCCAAACGCUUAAUGGUAGUGAAUUUCAGCCUUUAGUGGAGUUGAAAUAUUUGGACUUCUCUAACAAUCGGCUUGAUUUACUCUACUCAACGGCAUUUGAGGAGCUACGCAACCUGGAAGUCCUAGAUAUAAGUAGUAACAGCCACUAUUUUCAAUCAGAAGGAAUAACUCACAUGCUAAACUUCACCAAGAACCUAAAGGUUCUGAAGAAACUGAUGAUGAACAACAAUGACAUCGCUACCUCCACCAGCAGGACCAUGGAGAGCGAAUCUCUUAAAAUUCUGGAAUUCAGAGGAAAUCAUUUGGAUAUUUUAUGGAGAGAUGGUGAUAACAGAUACUUAAAACUCUUUAAGAAUCUGCUGAGCUUAGAGGAAUUAGACAUCUCUGAAAAUUCCCUGAGCUUCUUACCUAGUGGAGCUUUUGAUGGUAUGCCUCCAAAUCUGAAGACCCUCUCCCUAGCCAAAAAUGGGCUCAAGUCUUUCAAUUGGGGAAGACUCCAGUACCUGAGGAAUCUAGAAACGUUGGACCUCAGCUACAACCAACUGAAGACUGUCCCUAAGAGAUUAUCCAACUGUUCCCACAGCCUCAAGAAAUUCAUACUUAAGAACAAUCAAAUCAGGCACCUGACAAAGUAUUUUCUACAAGAUGCUUUCCAGUUACGACAUCUGGACCUGAGCUCAAAUAAAAUCCAGGUUAUCCAAAAGACUAGUUUUCCGGAAAACGUCCUCAACAAUCUGAACAUUUUGUUUUUGCAUCACAAUCGGUUUCUGUGCAACUGUGAUGCUGUGUGGUUUGUCUGGUGGGUUAACCAUACAGAGGUGACAAUUCCUUACUUGGCCACAGAUGUGACUUGUAUGGGACCAGGAGCACACAAGGGCCAGAGUGUAGUGUCUCUGGAUCUAUAUACCUGUGAGUUAGAUCUGACUAACUUCAUCCUGUUCUCACUUUCCAUAUCGGCAGCUCUCUUUCUGAUGAUGAUCACAACAGUAAACCAUCUCUAUUUCUGGGAUGUGUGGUAUAGUUACCAUUACUGUAAGGCCAAAAUAAAGGGCUAUCGACGUCUGAUAUCACCAAAUUCUUGCUACGAUGCUUUUAUUGUGUAUGACACUAAAGACCCAGCAGUGACAGAGUGGGUUUUGGAUGAGCUGGUGGCCAAAUUGGAAGACCCAAGAGAGAAAUGUUUUAAUUUAUGUCUCGAGGAAAGGGACUGGUUACCAGGGCAGCCUGUUCUGGAAAAUCUUUCCCAGAGCAUACAGCUUAGCAAAAAGACAGUGUUUGUCAUGACAGACAAGUAUGCAAAGACUGAGAAUUUUAAGAUAGCAUUUUACUUGUCCCAUCAGAGGCUCAUGGAUGAAAAAGUGGACGUAAUUAUCUUGAUAUUCCUUGAGAAGCCCCUUCAGAAGUCCAAGUUUCUCCAGCUCCGGAAGAGGCUCUGUGGGAGUUCUGUGCUUGAGUGGCCAACAAACCCACAGGCUCAUCCGUACUUCUGGCAGUGUCUGAAAAACGCCCUGGCCACAGACAAUCAUGUGACCUACAGUCAGGUGUUCAAAGAGACAGCCUAGCCCUUCUUUGCAAAAUGUGACUGCCUAACUUACCAAGGAGAGGCUCGGCUGCCUAGAUUGGCUCAUCCGUGUCCCACCAAAAGAGUGUUUUAAACUUUCCUAGGCCCUGAGAUUGCCCGUAUUGGAGAGGAGUCACCGAUAUAUGACAAAGGAACUGGAAACUUGGGAUUUAUAUAAGCAUCAAGUCAUCUUUCUUAGCUCUCUCUGUCUCCAUUUGCAGUUGAGUCUCUGCCUUCUGCUCCUGUAUAAAAUACUGUUGGGAGAAGGGUGGCAAGUAGAGGACAUGGCACUUUGAUUCUCCUGGAAUUGUGAUUAUUACAUAAACACACAGUCACUAAAUUGAGAAGAACUGCAUUUCUACCCUUAAGAAGUACUGGUAUGUAUGGAAAUAGGGUAAAAAAAGAAUGCUCAGGGUCUACCUGUAUGACAUUAAAAUGCACCAGAGUUAAUUAGUGGGAAUAAACCAAAAAGGAAAACAGUUAACUCCUCAACC